AUGGGAGGUCAGGUUUCCAAGAUCAUGGGGAAGAUCUUUGGGACGAAGGAAAUGCGCAUUUUGAUGUUGGGAUUGGACGCUGCUGGAAAGACUACAAUCCUUUACAAGCUCAAAAUCACAAAUCAGGAUGUUACUACCAUUCCUACUGUCGGCUUCAACGUCGAAAGUGUCACAUAUAAGAACGUCAAAUUCAAUGUCUGGGACGUGGGUGGACAGGAUAAGAUUCGGCCCCUUUGGAGACACUACUAUUCUGGUACCACCCCGCGACACAGAACCCAAGGUCUGAUUUUCGUGGUCGAUUCCAGCGACAAAGCCAGAAUCGAGGAGGCUCGUUCCGAGCUGCACAAGAUCAUCAACGAUCGGGAAAUGAAGGAUGCGCUUUUAUUGGUGUUUGCGAAUAAGCAAGAUAUUCAAGGCCAUCUCAGCCCCGAGGAGGUGACCAAUGCCCUGCAGCUCACCAAGCUCAAGGACAAGCUGUGGUAUGUUGCUCCCAGUGUCGCCACGGAUGGAACUGGUAUUUUCGAAGGCCUGGCUUGGCUUUCGAACAACGUGAAAACUCAACCUCAGAAAUAA